CGGCCAGCGCCUAGCGGAUAAAAGCGGCCGGGUCCCCCUGAGGUCAGCGAGUUCGGCUCCCUCUCGCCUGCUGCUAGGUCCAACGCAGUGAAGCCAGUAUGUCCACCCGCUUCAGCAAACAGGUCUUCAGCUCGCGCUCAGCCGCCUUCCCAGGGCGCGGCGCCCAGGUGCGCUUGAGCUCUGUGCGCUCUAGUGGCUCCGGAGGCAGCAGCCUGUAUGGCCUGGGCGCCUCGCGGCCGCGCGUGGCCAUACACUCCGCCUACGGGGGCCCAGUGGGCGCCGGCAUCCAACAGGUCACCAUCAAUCAGAGCUUGCUGGCCCCGCUGCAGGUGGACGUAGAUCCCUCCAUCCAGCAGGUGCGCCAGGAGGAGCACGAGCAGAUCAAGACCCUCAACAACAAGUUCGCCUCCUUCAUCGACAAGGGGCUCCAGAGGCCAGGGCCAAGAGUUCCUUUCUUUCCGGGCUCCUUUCUCUGCGAGGGGACUGUGUGGAGUCAAAGACGGAGUAGGGGUGACACGCCCUUCCCAGCUGGAGUACGGUUUCUGGAGCAGCAGAAUAAGCUGCUGGAGACCAAGUGGGCUCUGCUGCAGGAGCAGAAGUCGGCCAAGAGCAGCUGCCUCCCAGGCAUCUUUGAGACCCAUAUUGCUGGCCUGCGCAAGCAGCUGGAGGCCCUGCAGAUGGAUAGGGGUCGCCUGGAGGUGGAGCUGCGGAGCACACAGGACGUUGUGGAAGACUUCAAGAAUAAGUUUGAAGAGGAAAUUAACCGGCGCACGGCUGCUGAGAAUGAAUUUGUGGUGCUGAAAAAGGAUGUGGACACCGCCUACAUGAGCAAGGUGGAGUUGGAGGCCAAGGCGAAUGCCCUGAAUGAUGAGAUCAACUUCUUCAGGACCUUCUAUGAGAUGGAGUUGUCAGAGCUGCAGGCCCAGAUCUCUGACACGUCCGUGGUCCUCUCCAUGGACAACAGCCGCACCCUGGACCUGGAUGGCAUCAUCGCGGAGGUCAAGGCCCAAUAUGAGGAGAUAGCCAACCGCAGCCGGGUCGAGGCUGAGGCCUGGUACCAGACCAAGUUUGAGACCCUCCAGGCCCAGGCUGGGAAGCACGAAAAUGACCUCCGGAAUACCAAGAAUGAGAUUGCGGAGAUGACCCGGGCCAUUCAGAGACUGCAGGCUGAGAUUGACAACAUCAAGAAUCAGCGUGCCAAACUGGAGGCCGCCAUCACGGAGGCUGAGGAGCAUGGGGAGCUGGCACUCAACGAUGCACGCGCCAAGCAGGGGGAGCUGGAGGCUGCCCUGCAGCGAGCCAAGCAGGACAUGGCCCGGCAGCUCCGUGAGUACCAGGAGCUCAUGAACAUCAAGCUGGCCCUGGACAUCGAGAUUGCCACCUACAGGAAGCUGCUGGAGGGCGAGGAGAGCAGGUUGGACGGAAAUGGAGUGGGAUCCCUGAACAUCUCUGUGGUGAAUACCAUUGGUGGCGGUGGCAGCGGGCUGGCCUUCGGAGGAACCAUGGGCAGCAAUGCCCUGAGAUUCCUGAGCGACGGAGGGCCUGGGACCCUCAAGGCCUAUUCCACCAGGACCACAUCUGCCACUCGCAGGAGUAUCCUCAACUGAGCCCCAAGAUAUGGGGAGACCCAUACCUCCUCCUUUCACAGUCAUAGGAGAACUCCCGUCCUGGUCCCAUCCCUGGUCCCCAGACUACAAAGCAGUCUGAGAGUGAUGUCAGAAUAGCUUCCAAUAAAAUAGCCUGUUUCUGA